AUGUACAUUGUUGGCAUUGAUCCUUCAGGGAAACUUCCAUGGGACAGAAAUACCAUUAAAUUCAACGAACGUCCAGAAGCUCAUGUAAUUGAAAUUUUAACAGAAAAGGCAUCUCCACAAUAUAAGAAUCUCCUUCGUCGCCUUAAAGUUUCAUACAUUAUAGCUGGCAAGGAUGACAUUGAUUGGAAAUCUGUAAUGUCAAAAUUAAAGAAAGAUUUCCACAUUAAUGUGAUUUCUGUCGAAGGUGGUGGUAUGAUUAACUGGAGUGUCUUGAAAGCUAAGAUUGUUGAUGAAGUUAGCAUACUUAUGUCUGCUGCAGCUGAUGGAACUAGAAGUAUUUCACUUUUCGAGCCAAAUCCUUAUGAAACAAAUACUGAUCCAAUGGAAUUUACAUUGAAAUCUGUGGAGAAGAUCAACUCAAAUGAAAUUUGGAUCAAAUAUAUUCCAAAAUAUUAA